GAGUACAUAGCCGUGGCCGAGUCAUUCAAGGAAGCAAAAUGGCUUAAAGGUCUUGUUGGUGAAAUGUGCAACAAAGUGUGUGAGGUAAGUGUGCAUUGUGAUAGUCAAAGUGCAAUUCAUUUGGCUAGGAAUCAAAACACAUUUCAUAGAAGGUCCAAGCACAUUGAUAUUAAGUAUAACUUUAUCCGGGAUGAAGUUGAGCACAAAAGGGUGUUAUUGAAGAAAAUUGACACUACGGAAAAUCCGGCCGACAUGAUGACAAAGUCAUUACCUACUACCAAGUUUGAGUUAUGUGUUGACUUGGUAGGUUUAGCUCCUUGCUUGAGAUAAUGCCCUCUUGGGCAUUUUGAGGUGUGUAUGUUUUUUGAAUAUGAAGUGGAUUGAUGAAUGUUGUGACUUGGGUGAACUCAAGUCAAGGUGGAGAUUGUUAUGAAUGGUAGUAUACUAAUGUGAUUAUAAAUGAUAGUAUACUAAUGUGUGACUUGAGUGCACAUUAAAGGGUUGAAUUCAUGUGUGUGACUCUUGAGUUGUGGAAUCCAAAAGGGUGUAAUAAGGUGAAGAGUAUUCAUGGGAAUUAUUGGUGUUAAUGAAGAUUAAGGUGAAGAGUCUCAUGUGUGUGACUCUUGAGAUAAUGCCUUUUCAAGUUCUUAGAGUUAUUUCAUAGUAUUCAUUACUCUAAAUUAACUAUGUAUUUAUGUGAGCCAUUCAUCUUCAAGUACCUAGCACUAUAAAUAGGGCUCUCAUACCCACACUUCAAGUAUGCAAACACACAUCAAACACAACCCUUAAGCCAAACACAUAGCCUAUUGUUGUUAUCUCUAUCUCAAUUGUAAUUCUUCAUAUUGAAGUGUUGUUUGUAUUCAUUUGAUAUAAUAUAAACAUAAACUACACACCACGGAGGACGUAGCCAUCAUUGGGUGAACCUCCUUAAAUCUUUGUGUCCUUGUUUGUUACUUUGUCAAACUUAAUUUUGCUCAUUGUUGUUUGUUCUUAACAUCGUAAGUAUUUGGCGAUUGUUUUCAUACUAGUAUAGGGUGAGCCAAAACAUGCAUUUGAAAUCAAUUCAGUUUUUAUUUUUUUGUGUUAUAUGUUACACAAUUCGAUAUUAAUUGGGUUUUUGAGCAAAUAAACCGGGCUUAGAUUAACCCGGUAUUGUUUGGGGUGUAAUGUUAUUGCUGUGUUUUCAAGUUUCAAAAAGAUAGCUUUUGUUCUUGACACCUGCUUCUCUUGCUCUUAUUAAUGGACUAAUUGUUGAUUUUUUCUGUUGAGAAUGUUGAGUGAUUUAUAAUCAUUAUCAUAUUUGGCCAAAUAUUUCAUAUAAGGUCUCAAUAAUGACAAUUAAAUGGAACAAAAAUUGUAAUUUGAAUGAAAUUUCUAACCUAUGUAACUAGUGCAUAGAUUUAGACAAUAAAUUUGGUAAUUAUUUUGAAUUUAAUGUAAUGUAAUAUUAUUUUAGAGAACAUUUUAAAUGAAAUUUCAAAUAACUAUUAAUUUUAUUGUCUAAACUUAUGGACCUGAAAAAUCGUUUAUCAUUAUUGUCUUAAUCUAUUUUAUGGAGUACAAUAAAAUCACAAUUUACCAAUUCAUCUUGGAAAGUUCUUUGGAUCCUAGGAUCCUGUUAUAAAUAUUGUCUUUGUCUAUAGCAUUAUCUUAUUUAUAUUUUUGAAGCUAUAACUAUUCCUUCCAUAAUUAGUUAGUUCAUUUGUAAUUCCAUAUAUUAUGCUUUGUAAUUAAUCUUCAAUCAAAAAUAAUAUCUUUAUUACUAUAAAAGUUAAAUUAUAUACAUUAAAUUUGUUAAAUUUCGCCUAAAUUAAAGUAUUUAACAUUGAGAUAAUGAAAUGUGAUUGACAGAUUAAUACAUGCAAAUUAACUUUAAUGCUUAAAAAAAUAUUAAAAAAACAAUUGAAAAAAGUUGACAAAGGAGAAUAAAAAUUUGUGGCACCCAACCGCCAAUCGUCAACUACCAACUGCCGUUCCCUCCCAAAAAAACGGUCAUCUCUAAUUCCUUUGAUAACAAACUAAUUUUGAAUGCUCCAAUUUCAGACCCUUCUUUUCCUCCUCUUUUUACGCUUCCUUUUUUUCCCUCCAUAUUCACAUCUCUCUUCCUCUCUCCUCUGUUUGUUUUUCUGUUUUGCUGAUGACUUGAUCGAAAAUCCAAACUGUUUUUCUAAUUUCCCCAAAAAAAUUUAAAAAAUUAUUAAAAAAUUCUUGAGCGGGAAGAAAUGGAGAAUUCUAAGUCCAUCAGCUUCGAUGAGCAGCAUAAUUCUUCAAUGAGAGACGAACAAGAUCUUUUAAGCAGAUCGUCGAGUUUUACCCUUCAUGUAGAUCGCCAUCUUCCGCUUUCUCCUCAUAGAACACUUUCCUCCAUUGAAGCCGAAUGGAAUGAACUUACAGUUUCCGAUGGUAAUGAUCAUCCAACAACAUUGGAAGAAAUCUCUGAGGAGAUUGAUGGCCUUAUUGAAAAUCUCUCCUCAUUGGAGGAAAACUCUGAUCUCCCUAAUACUCCUCGAUCAAUUAUAACGUUUUCUAAAAUGGUUCAGUCGGAGAUUGAAAAGUAUGAUUCACCAGAGUCGACCUUGAGAUUUGGGCAAGAUAAAGAUCAAGAUAGUAAAUUGAUUACUUCUAUAAAUAGGAUAGCAAAAUUGUAUAAUUUGCUUGGAAAAUUUUCCUCUAAUGAGAUGGUAGGUCCAGCCCUUAGUGCCACAACACUCGUUGUCCAGCGAGCAAUGACGUAUAUGGAGGAGGAACUUCGGAUCAUUCUAGAAGAUUCCAUGAGUUCGGAAUCAGAGGAUGACUACGCAAUGAUUGGUGAGGAAACGAUACCUAACACGAGGAGAAUUGUUUCUUUGAUGAUCUCAUCUGGGUAUGAAACAGAAUGCUGCCAGGUUUUUAGUGUUCUUAGAAGGAAUGCUUUUAAGGAAGCCAUUUUAAGACAAGGGUUUGAAAAGAUAAGCAUUGAUGAUGUACAAAAGAUGCAAUGGGAAUCACUUGAAGGGAAAAUUGUUAAUUGGAUAAAAGUGGUUAAGUAUGUGGCUAAUGUACUCUUACCUAGGGAGAAAAAACUGUUUGAUUCUGUCUUCUCGAACGAGCACCCCUCAAUCGGUGAGGUCAUGUUCUCGAAUCUUGCUCGAUCAGCUGUCAUUCUCUUCAUCACCUUCACUGAAUCAAUUUCUACGACAAAACGAACAGCCGAGAGGCUGUUCAAGGUGCUAGAUGUUUAUGAUACAUUGACAGAGCUAAUUACUGCCACCGAUGAAACAUGCUCCAAUCAAUGUGCUAACGAUCUUAGAGCCGAGUUAUCUUCUGUGAGGCGUCGAUUAGGUGAAGCCGCGGUUUGUAUCUUUUGUGAUCUCGAAAACUCGAUCAAGAACGACAUUGCUAAGAACCCUGUUCCGGGUGGAGCAGUCCAUCCCUUAACUCGAUACACCAUGAACUAUUUAUGGUAUGCUUGUGAUUUCAAGGAUACCCUUGAAGAAGUCUUUUCUCUUCAUCACUCCAAUGAACUAAAUAUAGAAGCAUUAGGACCGAGAAGAGAUCAUCAUCACCAUCGAAACGAAAACACCCACGACGAACAGAACAACAAGAACCAAGAGCCAAAACAAACACCCUUUACAGCUGAACUAAUGACAAUCAUGACCCUUUUAGAUGAAAACUUAGAAACAAAAUCUAAGCUAUAUAAAGACCCUUCAUUAAGAUACAUUUUCUUGAUGAACAAUGGAAGAUAUAUUUUACAAAAGAUCAAAGAAUCUGCAGAUAUCCAUGUAUUGUUAGGAAAUGAUUUUAGGAGGAAAAGAUCAUCUGAUUUAAGAGGUUAUCAUAAGAGUUAUCAAAGAGAAACAUGGAGUAGAGUGCUUCAAUGCUUGAAUCAAGAAGGAUUACAAGUGAAUGGGAAGGUUCAAAAGGUUGUAGUGAAGGAAAGGUUAAAGAGUUUUAACCAAAUGUUUGAUGAAAUUCAUAAGACACAAAGUAGUUGGGUUGUGAGUGAUGAGCAGCUUCAGUCAGAGCUUCGUGUCUCGAUUGCGGCUGUGAUGAUACCGGCUUAUCGAUCGUUUUUAGCGAGGUUCGGACAACAUAUUAGUGCUGGGAGGCAGUAUGAGAAGUAUAUUAAGUAUCAACCGGAGGAUAUUGAGACUACCAUUGAAGAAUUGUUUGAUGGGAACCAAAAUUUGUCCAUAACUAGGAGGAAAAAUUAGGCUCUAAACCAUAGUGCAAAAAGAGGUCGUAACACUGUAUUGCGACUGUCUUGUAAAGGUAUUUGAGUUUACCGCAACCAAUAUAUAGGAUGUAUUGACCGUUAAAUUUUCUGUAUUAGCCGCAAUAUCCGUUUCAUGAUUGUUAUCGCGACCGCGAGCCCUACGCUCUCAACUUGAAGAAGGAAGAAAAAGAGAGAAAUUAACGUUUUUUUUCUUUUGUUAUUGUAAUUUAAAAAGUUGACAUGAUAUAUGAAACGUUGUAUAGAGAUUUUUUGUUUUGAUUCAUUUUGUUGGGUUGGUGCUUGAAAUGUGAAUGAUGUAGUUGAAGCCCUAUUAGUUAUAUAGUAAUGUAAAUCUUGGUUUUGUUCAUUUUGAUUUGAUAUUAACAUCUUAGUCAAAUUUGAUAGAGAUCUCAAACACAAAAUUUACAAUUAUUAUUCCACCACUCUUACUGCACGUUUGGUUUUAAUUAGGAGUGCAAACGGGGCGCGGCGGAGCGGAGAUUGGAAUUCCCAUCCCCAUCCCUAUCUGUUAAUGCAAUAUCCAUCCGCGUCCCUAUCUUCGCGGCGGGUAUAAUUUUUUCCUCGUCCCCUCCCCGAUGGGUUUGUACCUAAAACCAUCCCCGCACCACCACCCAUCUGGAUAUCCAUCUCCGUCUAAUACCCAUUUUUCCCGUCCCACCACCCGGUAAAUCCCCGCUUAAUACCCAUCUGCGCCACAUAUUUAUAUUCAAUCAUUUGGGCCUUAAAACUCAUAAUAAAUAUCCAAACUACAAAGUCUCAAACAAACACACAUUCAAAGUCUCAAACAAUUACAUAUCCAAAGUCUUAAACAAACACAUAUCCAAAGUCUCAAACAAACACAUAACCAAAGUCUCAAACAAAUAUCCAAAGUCCCAAAAUUUGUACAUAUCUUGAGGCGGGGCGGAGA